AGGACCACCGUCUUCUUCUCCAACACCACGCCAUGGAUGAAUCUGAAAUCCAAGUUCCUUCUUACUUCCUAUGCCCCAUAUCCCUCCAAAUCAUGCGCGAUCCCGUCACCCUCCCCACCGGCAUCACCUACGACCGCGAAAGCAUCGAACAGUGGCUCUACUCCUCCGCCGACCACAGCACCUGCCCCGUCACCAAACAAACCCUACCGGAAUCUGAUCUCACCACCCCUAACCACACCCUCCGCCGCCUCAUCCAGUCCUGGUGCUCCGCCAACUCCGCCUACGGCAUCCAACGCUUCCCCCCCCCCCGCCCUCCCGUCGACAAAGCCCAAAUCUCCACCCUUCUCGAGGAAGCCAACCGCCUCCCAAAAUCCAAUCUUUCCUCCCUCGCCAAACUCAAGAAAAUCGUCUCCGAAAGCGAGCGCAACAAACGCUGCGUCGAAGCCACCCCCGGCGCCAUUGACUUCCUUGCCUCCUUCAUCGUAACCCCCCCUUCCGAAGCGGUGUUGGAAAGUGAUGAAGCCGUUAGCAUCCUCUACACUCUCCAACUCUCCCAACAAAGCCUCGGCGACCUGCUCGAACGGAACCAAGACUUUCUUCUUUCAUUGACUGACAUCCUUCGUCGCUCAGCCAAUUAUCAGUCUCGGGCCCAUGCGGUUCUGCUCAUCAAAGCUCUGAUUUCUGUGCUUCCACCCUCGCAGUUAAUUUGCAUAAAGCAAGAAUUUUUUGAAGAAAUAGUCAAGGUGUUAAGAGACCGCAUCUCUUACCAAGCAAUGAAAGCCGCGUUGCAGGUGCUAUAUGAGGUUUCCCCGUGGGGAAGGAGCACGGUGAAAGCGGUGAAAGCCGGGGCAGUCAACGUGCUGAUUGAGCUCCUUCUCGACGAACCAGAGAGAAGGGCGUGUGAGAUGAUGAUUGUGGUGCUUGACGAGCUUUGCGGGUGCGCGGAGGGUAGGGAGGAGGUGGUGGGGCAUGCCGCCGGACUGGCCGUGGUUUCUAAGAAGAUGAUGAGAGUGUCGGUGGUGACGACGGAUAGGGCGGUGAGAGUGCUGUAUUCCAUAUUGUUGAACCAGGCAACGCCGGCGGUGGUCGAAGAGAUGUUGGAACUGGGCGUUGUUUCCAAGCUUUGUUUGUUGCUUCAGAUGGAAUGUGAGAAGAGCACGAGGAAGUUGGUGAAGGAGAUCUUGAGGAUGCAUAUUAAUGCAUGGAGAAGGUCACCAUGUUUGAAGCCUCAACUCAAAGCUUUGUAUCCGUCUUAUUCAUGA